CUGAACGUAUAUCUCAAACCCACCAUUUCCUUUGCAAUAUCACCACUGUUUUAUACCCAAGCAACAGAGAGAGAGCGAAUAACUCGCCCUGUUUCUAAGCCAUGGCUAUUGAUCCUCCGGAGCAACCAUGGGAUGAGAAGACGGAGAGGAAAUUCGAAGGGAAGGCGUAUAGCGAGUACUUUGAUCCGUGCCAGGAUUUGGCUACGAGGAGUUUGAAGUGUUUGCACCGGAAUGGCGGGCAAAGGGAAAUGUGCUCGGAUUACUUCCAGGCGUAUCGAGACUGCAAAAAGCAAUGGCUUGCGGACCGGAAAGAAACAAAGAGGAAGAAUGCCAAACCUUGGUUUGGCUCAAAUGACAAGCCUGAAGAACCUUCAAAAUAGGCGGAGUAUUAUCAAGCGUGGGGAUUUGUACGAUAUGAGGCCUCAAAGGGCAGGGUAUUAUCAAUGAGGGUACAUAGUGUUUGAGAGUCUGUAUUUUAAUCAUGGUUGGAGCACUCCACGUAACCCACUUGGCCUGGUCAAAGGUCUGGUCGGACUUCGAGACAGCAGUGGUGGUGUUCUGAUCAACAAGAACUUCUGAAAACGCAGUCAGGUCCGCUUGUGAGAAGAUGGGAAUGAGCAGUUGUGCGUAGGAGUCUCAGAGAAACCCAUGUUGUCGGCAACACCGAGAGCUUGGUAGAUCAGCUGGCCAGUCUUCAUGCAACAAAUGAUUCGCCAAGAUCCGUUGGACCGCUGAUAUUAGCCUCGAUGUCCCUCCCACCUGAUGCGAUUGAAAGAGCCAAUAAAAGGGCCUGACCACAUCGGAGUGUUUGCAUUACCAUUGGCAGAGGGGCCUUCUCAUAAAACUAUAGUUUAAUCGUUAAGGGAUCGACAAGAACACUGGCUAAAUCCAGGCAAUGCCACGCGAUAUAAUAUAUGAGGUAUUCUCGAAGCGGAUAAGGAGGAGUCCAUAUUAUCAGGGAUCGGUGACAUAUGCGGAAUAUCUUUGGACGGGAGCUUCUGGAGUGUUAAAGGCUAACACAUCAUCGUUUUGAUUUAGCUGGGGCUCGUCGAGCAAGAUGUUGAGCUCUGGUAGGUCCUAUUCAUGAUAGUCUAUACAGUUAACCUAACGACAACUUUCAAUUGGAAGCAGAGUAGGAUGCUCGUUCAACGUGAGCUUGUUUACGGUCCAGCGGUGAACAGCCUUGGCCAUCAGUCUGAAUGUCAACCUGUAAAUAAAUAGGCUGUUUUCGGCUGACAACAUUGGCUCUGAUCGCCUUGCUGCCCUUAUUGGCUCUCAGUGUUGUUAAAGUUCUCAUUGGCAUUACUGAAUCUGACAGCAUGGAGACAAGGUUUACCCCCGCAUGGCAUUAGAAAGGCUUAAGUCGGGUCCAUAAUAGCCUAAGUCUGUGUGGUCUUCCUUGCAUGGAUGCAUAAUCGUUGGUUUCGUCCCGUUUGACCAAACCGGGAUAUAGUCCGAGUCGACGCUAUGUCACGGGCGUCCGGACAUGGGUAAUAUGUUGAGAGCAUAGUACUAUAAAAGUACCUUCUUUCAUGUGGCAGAG